CACACCCAGUCUCCUCACCUUGCAACUCUGGGCUCUUAACGAGAUAGGCAGAGUUUAUGCCAAUGAACAGGCUACAAGAUCUGACGCCUGCUCCAUCCAUGACGGUGCCGAUCGAGCAUUCCUCUAGGCCGACGCUGGGGUUUCCCCUGGGGACUGCGCUGUUGCUCCUUGUGAUCUUCUCCCUGAGUGGCAUGUUCUCGUGUUGCUACCACUGGGACAAGCUCCGCUCCCUCCUCCGGUCUCGGCAUCCUGCCAUGUUCCAAGAGGGCGAGCAUACGGUGAUCUCCAUCACGUCAUCACCGAGCAAGGAAACUCCUGAUCACAAGCUGGAGAAAGUGGGGAAGGAGUGUGGUUUGCCUGUUAUUAUGCCUGGGGACAAGGUCCCCAAAUUCUUCGCGAGGCCGUGCCCACACGAGAUGUGUUUGCCUGAAGCAGAGAAGACUGAAGUUCCGUUGGAAACCAAAUGUUCGGUUCAUGAAACCAUCUGUAUCUGUACAUCAUCAGUACACGAAAGCACACUUAGCCGUUAGUGAACUUAUGAUUGGCAGGUUGGGUGUAUAUAUGCAUGUUAAUAGAUUGUUAUCUGAACAUUCGAUCUUGUCCCUUGGGCUAUAUAUACUAGGAUCUGGCUGAGAUAGGCAAAUAUUUCUUUUUUAGUAGAGUUUGAAAAGGACGAUUUGUGUUCUAACAAGCUUGUUGAAUGCUUUUGCGUGUGGAUCAGUCUUGUGAAUACUAUCUGUCUGUCUGUCUGUCUGUC